AUGUUGCUGUACACCAGAGAACUUGUGGCUCCGCGGCCAAAACGCGGACUACUCCGAUUCAGGAACAAGCCACCUGGAAUAUCGUUCAAGGAUCGACUGCGAAGCGCCUUCGCCCACUCGUCCAUCCAUGGAAUGCAGCACGUCUUCGGGGAGCGGCGUCUUUGGCAACGCUGCCUGUGGCUAAUUGUCGUCUUGGGAGCGGGUAUCACGGGAUUUAGUCUGUACUCCGUGCUGCGACAUCGCCAUAGUGAGCAGAUUCUGGUCAGCCUGAUAGACACCACCCAGCUGCCAGUGUACCACAUUGAUUUUCCAGCCGUGGCCAUUUGUCCAUGGAGCCAUGUCAACUGGCAAAGAGCUCCAGCUGCCUUAUCCCGAUUUUUACCAGCAAACCCGAGUGCAGAGCUCCGGGAAACAUUCCGCCAGCUUCUCGUCGUCCUGGAGCUGAUUACUUUUUCCAAUUUUAACAGGGCAAAGGAUCUGGCCAAGAGAAAUCUGACGUCCUUGGGGUUUCUGAGGAUGGGGAAGAUAAUGAACUUCGUGGCCUAUCGAUGUGAUGAGCUGUUUGUCGCCAAUUCCUGCGUCUUCGACGAGACUCCUUAUGAUUGCUGCAAGCUUUUUGUGCCGGAGCAAACGGAGAAGGGUCAUUGCUGGGUCUUUAACUCUCUAAUUUCGGAGCACUCCCGGAAAAAGCAAAUAACCAACAAGUUCUAUCCGCACAAGUUGAGCACCGCUGGAGAGGAGUCUGGCCUAAAAUUCACUAUUAAUGCAAGUUAUCCUCUCAUGAAGGCUGACGCAGAAAUGCCCUUUGGAAUGAAUCUAAUGAUCAAGGAACCACGACAGUGGUCGAAUCAGAUGACCUACCAUCUAUAUCCGGAUACGGAGAACUUUGUGGCUGUGCACCCAAUGGUCACGGAAACCUCCCCAAGCACGUAUAAAAUGAGUCCCAGCAAGAGGCGUUGCUACUUUGAUAACGAAAAAAAACCAAACUUCCAGGAUACUUUAUUGCCCUAUAAUCGGGAAAAUUGUCUGGUUGUAUGCCUUCACCAGGUCGUAAUGAGAACCUGCAAUUGCUCCACGCCAGCUUUUCUGCCGCCCAUUAAGGGCAUUCGUGAAUGCGGAAUAUUGGAUGCAAAAUGUCUGGGCAAUAAUGCCGAUAUUUUCAGCUAUGUGAAAAUGGGCGACCAGGAUAUGUAUAUUAACGACUCAAGACGUGGACAUUUAUGUAAUUGCCCUGAUAACUGCAAUUCGCGGCAGUACACAAUGUCACUCAAUGUGCGCAAAUUGGAUUACCCAAAAAACUCGACAGAUACAUUGAUAAGAGCCCAGAUUUAUUAUGGCCAGCGUGUGAUGACCAAAAUCAUAACAAAAUUGAAGCACACUAACCUAGAUUUACUGGCCAACUUUGGCGGCAUCAUAAGUCUUUACAUAGGGGCCUCCGUCAUGAGUUUCAUAGAACUUGCGAUUGUGCUGGGCAAACUAAUGUGGGUACUUAUUAAAGAAUGGCUUACUUUGAAAAAUCGUGUAUAA